AUGAUACAAACAACAUUUUCAUCAUAUUUAGCAGAAUCUUGGAAUAAAAUUGGAGAAAUUAAAAUUUUAAAACCAGGUGGUAUGACAUUAGAUUUUUCGAUUGAUGCAUUAAAUUUAACGAUUCCAAAAUGUAAAAUCAAUGAAAAUAUAAAGAUAUUGGAUGUUGGGGCUGGGUUUGGUGUUUUAUCAAUUUAUGCAUCAACUAAUUAUCCAAAUAGUGAAAUUAUUGCAACAGAUAUUUCAAAAUGUAUGAUUGAUUCAUUAAAUUAUUCAAUUCAAGGAAACCAAAUAAAGAAUGUCACUGCCAAAGUAAUGGAUGGCCAAAGUAUGCCAGAGCUACAAUCUGAAUCAUUCGAUUACUGUUUUUCAAUGUUUGGUUUGAUUUAUUUCCCUGAUAGAUUAAAAAGUCUUAAAGAGAUGUACAGAUUAUUAAAAUCAAAUAAUAAUUCAAAAGUUUCAAUUGGUAGUUGGCAAUCUGAUGCUUUCUUACCAAUGGUAUUAGAGAAAACUUAUGAAAAAGUAACAGUUGGUAGUAGUGGUGGUUUGAAAUUGACAUCAAAACAACCAGCUUUAUCAUUAGAUGAUAAAGUUUUAUUCAAGAGUGAAUUGGAACAAGCUGGUUUUAAAAAUGUUGAAAUUCACAGUAUUGGUCAUCCAUUAGAGGUAACAACUGAAAGUUUAUCAAAUUAUCUUAGACCCGAAAACCCAGUUGUUGAUGAUUUCUUUAAACUUAUUGGUGAUGAUAAUAUUAAUAAAUUUAAAGAAACUUUUAUUAACCUAGUCUUAGAAUUAUUUCCAAAAAAUGAAAAUGGUUUUCAUAUUGUUCCAUGGAAUUCUUAUAUUGGUAUUGGUGAAAAAUUAUAG